AUGAGUCGAAACAGCAACAACAACAACGAUGACGAUGAUGGUACCAUCACCGAUUCUUCAACAACGAAAUCUACUAAAUCAAUAUGUUUAUCCGAAAAAAUCGUGUUUCUUCUUAUAUGUUCAUGCAAUUUGAUUCAGAAUGCCAUUGUUGGCGGUGCUAAUAAUGCGAUAAUGACAACAUUGGAAUCCGGCUUUUAUAUGACAUCAACAGAAACAGGUUUAUUUCAAUCAGUUUAUGAGCUCGUUGCUAUAUUUACUUAUCCAUUUAUUGGCUAUUUCGGUGAUCGUAGUGGCCGCAAAGUACGUUGGAUCGCCAUAUCCAUGGCUAUUCUCGCAAGCGGAUUUCUUGUUAUGUCAUUUCCACAUUUACUUGAAUCAAAACGUGGUAGACCACCGUUAGAUCCACUCGUUAUGGACCAUUUAACAUUAUGCAAUCGAAAUCGAACCAUAAAUGUUUGUUCAUUUUCGAAUAAUCUUAGAUUUUUAAGUCAUUUAAAAUAUGUUUUCUAUCUAUCGAAUAUUAUCAAUGCAUGCGGAUCCGCCGCAUUGCCUACACUAGCUGUAACAUUAAUCGAAGAUUUAUUUCCACAAGAAAAAGCACCGUUAGCUCAAGGUAUCUAUUAUGCCGUUGGUGGAAUAGGUAUUGGCCUUGGUUUUCUUGCUACUUCGCAAUUUCUUAAAGUUUAUACAUAUAUUAAAAAGCCCGUUUGGCUAACACCAAACUAUUCCGAAUGGGUUGGAGCUUGGUGGCUUGUCUAUGCUUUGGGCACAUGUCUAAGUUUGAUUGUUUGUUUUCUUCUGUGCUUAUUCGACAUCGGACGACGUCAUAAUUAUUUCUCAUCAAAAAAACCUAGAAAAUCUCUAAUAAAUCCAACAUUUAUUAUAAAUAGAACAUCAAUAAUCGAUGAAACACGUACAUCACGUACGAAUUCAUCAAUAACAAAUCUUAGUGUAAGUACAAGUGGAAUUACAAAUGAAUCUUUAAUAAUCAUAAAUCGAUCCGUUCCAAUUAUAAUCGACGAUGAAUCAUUAACAACUAAAGGUUGCUGUUUUGAUAUAUUAAUAUUAAUAAAACAUUUACUAUUUAAUCUACGUUACAUGGGUGUUACGUGUUGUGCUGUCAUUGAAGCUCUAUUAAUCAAAGGCUAUUUAGCCUUUCUAAGUAAACAUAUUGAAUAUCAAUUUCGUACAACAUCAUCGCAUUCAAGUGUCUAUAUGGGUAUUAUUUCGUUAUUUUCUGUUAUUUUUGGUACGCCAUUAGGUGCUUUUUUUGUCAAACGAUAUAAAAUGAAUGGUCGACAGUGUGCAAAAUUUUGCUGUAUUAUUCUUGCACUAUCAUCUGUGAUAUUUCUUGGAUUGAUGCUUCAUUGUCGGGAGCCAACAAUCGGAACAACACAUUCCAUGCCUGUUAUAUCGACAGCAUUCGAUCCAGACUUUUUUGAUGAACCGUUAAUUGAAUCGGAUAAAAAUGAAAGUCCAUGCAAACGAAAAUGCAAAUGCGAUAUGAAUAUUUAUCAGCCAGUGUGCGAUUUAACUAAACAAGAAACCUAUCAAAAUCCAUGUUUGUUAGGUUGUAGAAAAAUACUCAAAGGAAAAUAUGCGGAUUGUUUAUGUUUACCGGAAAAUAGUACGGUCAUUGUUGGUCGCUGCAAAGAACGUAAAUGCACAAUUAAUUUAGUGCUUACAUUAUUUGGUGCAUUUAUUGUUAUUUUUAUGUCUUGUUGCGUUAUUAUUCCAGCACUUAAAUGCAUAUUGGAGAGUGUUGAGCCAACUCAUCGAGCAUUUUCACUUGGCUUUAAAUCUACAAUAACGAAACUGUUCGGUUAUCUUCCAGGAACAAUUCUAUUUGGUGCAAUCAUUGAUCGAACAUGCAAAACGUGGAUACGGGAAACAUGUGGAUAUAAAUACCAAUGCAAACAUUAUAAUAAUAAACGUAUGGCAAUAUCAUUGGCAUUGCUCGGAUUUGGCUUUCGCAGUUUAUCGGCGAUGCUUUGUGGAAUAUCCUGGUAUGCUUAUACUAAAACGUCUGAUAGCAAAAACGAAGAGAGAAAAUCAAAAACAAUCAAAACAACAACAAUAAGUACGAUAACAACCGUUGAAAUGUGA